CUGGUGCAGAAACGGAGUGAACCGCGAUUGAACGACACACUUUCGGAGAGAGAGAGAGAGAGAGAAGCACCACUGCCUCUCCUCCACUCGAAUAGCCUACAUAUCUUGAGGCCUGGUUCCUAGUGCUCUCUGGACAGAAAACGCAUUACACCGCGGCAUUUUUUUUUUACAUAGAAUAACUAGGCUACUAUACGGAUACAUCCAAUAUAAAUUCACUUGAAGACGGAUUUAUUUUGGGCGCACAACCCCCGCGAAUAAACGGAAGAUGGCAGUGACUACCUGUACACGUUUUACGGACGAUUUCCAACUAUAUGAAGAACUCGGAAAGGGAGCGUUUUCAGUGGUGCGCCGCUGUGUCAAACUUUGUACCGGCCAGGAAUAUGCUGCCAAAAUCAUCAAUACCAAAAAGCUCUCAGCCAGAGAUCACCAGAAGCUGGAGAGGGAAGCCAGGAUCUGCAGAUUGCUCAAACACUCCAAUAUCGUUCGUCUCCAUGACAGCAUAUCAGAGGAGGGCUUCCACUACCUUCUGUUUGACUUGGUGACAGGUGGAGAGCUGUUUGAGGACAUUGUGGCCAGAGAGUACUACAGUGAAGCAGAUGCCAGUCACUGCAUCCAGCAGAUCCUGGAGGCUGUGUUACACUGUCACCAGUCGGGCGUGGUACACAGAGAUCUCAAGCCAGAGAACCUCCUGCUGGCCAGUAAGUGUAAGAAUGCUGCAGUGAAGCUGGCUGACUUUGGAUUGGCCAUCGAGGUGCAGGGAGACCAACAGGCAUGGUUUGGUUUUGCAGGUACCCCAGGCUACCUAUCUCCAGAGGUACUGAGGAAGGAGGCUUAUGGUAAACCUGUAGACAUCUGGGCUUGUGGUGUGAUCUUGUACAUCCUGCUAGUGGGGUAUCCUCCAUUUUGGGAUGAGGACCAACACAAACUCUAUCAGCAAAUUAAAGCAGGAGCUUAUGACUUUCCGUCUCCAGAAUGGGACUCAGUGACUCCAGAAGCCAAGAACCUGAUUAACCAGAUGUUGACCAUUAACCCUGCCAAGAGGAUCACUGCCCAGGAGUCCCUCAAACACCCAUGGGUCUCCCAACGCUCCACCGUGGCAUCCAUGAUGCACAGACAGGAGACAGUGGAGUGCCUGAAGAAGUUCAACGCCCGGAGGAAACUCAAGGGAGCCGUCCUAACUGCAAUGCUGGUGACGAGGAAUUUCUCUGGUAAAUUCGGUAGACAGUCUACAUCUCCUGCGUCAAUCACUACUGUUCCUGCAACUGCUGCUGGGAUAGUGGAGCAAGCCAAGAGUCUCCUCAACAAGAAGGCUGACGUCAAGCCUAACAGCACGAGAAACAGCACAGUCACCAGCCCCAAGGGAACCCCCUCUGCUGCACUGGAGCCUCAGACCACUGUUAUCCAUGUGGAUAGGAACAAGGAUUCAUCUGACAGCAACACCACUAUUGAGGAUGAGGAUGUGAAACUGCGAAAACAGGAGAUUAUCAAGAUCACUGAGCAGCUGAUUGAAGCUGUCAACAAUGGAGACUUUGAGGCCUAUGCGAAGAUCUGUGACCCAUGUCUGACGUCAUUUGAGCCAGAGGCCCUGGGGAACCUAGUGGAGGGCAUGGACUUCCACCGGUUCUACUUCGACAACCUCCUGUCUAAGAACAGUAAGCCCAUCCAUACCACAAUCCUCAACCCUCACGUCCACCUGAUUGGUGAAGACGCCGCCUGCAUCGCCUACAUACGCCUCACGCAAUUCGUCGACGGCACUGGCCGCCCAUGCUCCAGCCAAUCAGAGGAGACGAGGGUGUGGCAUCGCCGAGAGAGCAAGUGGCAGAAUGUUCACUUCCACUGCUCUGGAGCACCGGCCGCACCACUGCAGCAGUGAACUGGUACACACACUCAAUGUUACUAACACACACACACUCAUUCAUUCACAUGCACACCCACAGCUACACACACACACACUCCCACAGCUACACACACACACACACACACCCACAGCUACACACACAGCUACACACACACACACACACCCACAGCUACACACACAGCUACACACACACACACACA